GGAUUGUUUUUGUUCCUUCUUCAUGGAGUCAUUUUCGGUCUCUAGCAAUGGAGGAUUCAGGAAAGGAGAUCGGAUCUAGGUGUCAUCAUUGCGCAGGCCCUCUUACGAAAAAUCUGGAAACCAACGAAUGGACUGUGGCUCCGUUUAUCAGGGAUAGCUUCUCUAUGAUUGGAUCAGCUGUAGGUGGUACUGCAAGUGCUUUCAUUGGAUUUAACCAUGUAAUGCCGAUUGUACGCAAGUGGAUAAAAGGACCCAUGUGGUUGCAUUUUCUUGUUGGUGCUCCACCUGUGAUAGUUGUUUCAUCAGCCUGUGCUGGACUUGCAGGUGGCGCUGUACCGGCUUUGGCACAGCUUGCAUCGUCGUCUUAUCAUGCGGCUGUUCAUUCAUCUAAGCCACCGCAAGGGCAAGAGAAGAACAAAUUGCACAAAUCCUCUACCAUUUCUCCUUUGUAGCUACACUGCUCUCUUCUGUUUGCUCCUUCCUUAUGUGUAUAAAGAUUCAACUUUGUUUUCUUUCUAUAAAGAGUUUCCUUAGGACAAAAUGAGAGAUCAAAUUUGUCUGAAGAUAAACUGAUCCAGUUUUG